CUAAUAUGUAGCUCCUUAUAUAAACAGGCAUCACAAGGUCAGAGACGAUUAUAAAAUAGUGGCUGCUCUACGCAUACUCCAAUACAAACAGAUGGCCCUGCCUUGUCAUAAACUCACCCAAGGUUUACAAGCCACAUUUAUUUGUGUUCAUUAGUUAGACAGAAGGAAAUAGUGCAUUAGAUCUUCGGAGGAUUUACCAAGAAGCAGUUCAGACUGAGGGUUUGUAAAGCUGCAAACAAGGAUGUAAAAGAAUCUAGUGAAAUAUUAGUUUGCUAAUAAAAUAUUUAAAUUCUACUCAAGCAAGUGCAAUGGAUUUGGGUUACAAUGCAGUUAUUUGAGGAAUUUGGACCAAUUUGGGAGCAACGGAGGUGAAAAGAUAAAGAUUCAUCUGUAUCAUUUCAUAUAUCUGGCUUUAAUAACUUUGUCAGAGCUAUGGUAUCAGGGGAAGUGAUCCUGUCAGUCUACAUCCUUACCUUCUUGAUUGGCCUGCCGGCAAACGCGCUCGCUUUGUACGCCUUUGUCAAGAAGCUCCGUGACAAACCCAGACCCACUGACUUCCUCCUGCUCAACCUGACCAUAUCGGACCUUCUUUUUCUGCUCUUCCUGCCAUUCAAGAUGUACGAGGCUGCAUCUGAAAUGCGCUGGCUCCUCCCUGGUUACCUGUGUCCUCUCACUACCUUCAUAUUCUUCUCUACCAUCUACACCAGCUCGCUGCUGCUGAUGGCUGUUAGUGUUGACCGCUACUUAUGUGUGGCGUUCCCGGUCAAGUAUAAGAUCCACCAGAAGCCUAUAUAUGGAGUCAUCUGCAGCAUCUUUGUCUGGAUCACUACAUCAACCCAUCUGUGCUUUGUAUACAUUGUGGAUCACCUGACUGGGGUAGACAGUCAGGGCCACGACUGCUACAACAACUUUACUCAAUCCCAGCUGGAUGUAGUAUUGCCCAUGCGCCUGGAGCUAUGUCUCGUUCUAUACUUCCUUCCGCUCAUUGUUUGCACCUUCUGCUACGCAAGAUUCAUCCACAUACUCAGGCACACAGCCAGCCUCAAUGAAGGGAAGCGACGGAGGGCUGUUGGCAUGGCCAUGGGCACGUUGCUAGUCUUUGUGGUCUGCUUCCUUCCCUACAAUUCCUCUCACAUCCUGGGCUACAUCAUCAAGGACAACGUGAGCUGGAGAUCUGAUGCUUUGCUUCUCACCACCGUCAAUACAGUCUUCGAUCCCAUCACUUUUUAUUUUUCCUCAGCUGCCUUUCAGGGAAAUCUGAAAGGACUCCUAAGACCUAGGACUAAGACCGCUUACACUGGCAAUGGGAUAGAAAAUGUCUGCACUAAACAGAAUCGAGUGAGACAAGGCAACCAGACUGAAAAUAUACAAGAAAAUGAUGCUGGUGAAUUGCAAUGUCCAUAAAGAGUUGGAUCUUCUGAA